UUAUGAUAAAUAAAAUGAUAAUUGGUCAAAAUAUCAUUCAAAGUCAUAACAAUACAACAUUCAAAGUUAUAGUUGUACAAAUAUGGUAAUUAAAAUAUUUGAACAUGCAUAAUAUGGUAAUUGACAUACAAUAAUUGAGAUAUUUGAACAUGAAUAAUAAUUCAAAGUAGUAUAGUAUAAUACUAUGCUAGUUCGGUUUUUCGGACGGGUCGGUAGCAUAAUUGGUAACCCUACCCGCUACCCGCUUAAGUCUCAGGUUGCAAGAAUCGGAUCGGGUUUGGGUAUUUCGGGUCGGGUUUUCAGACCCCAACAAAAAAAUUGGAUAUAUCCGAUCGGGUCAAUCGGGUAGGGUCAGGUUUGCUCUCCCUACAGUCCACAGAGACGAAAUUGGACGCAUCAGUGCAUCACGAUUCACGCACUUGUCACACGCCUCAGUCAUCAUCGCACUCGCCGCUCCACGCUCGCCCGCUUCGCCGCUCUCAUCGCUGGAAGCCGGACACGCACGAACGCACCAUCUGUUGCUCGCCGUCUGCUCCUGCUCGUCUCUAAAUUGUUGUCUUCUUCUCUCAAGCCUUGAGGACUCCAUUCUCGACUCUCGACACAGCCAACUUGGUGUGUCGCGGUCUGCUUCUGCUUGUCUGCUAAGCCAAGUGUUUGAAGACACCUCGGUGUAACCCUAUUGUUAUCGGAGGGAGAGAUAGCGAUCAGCCGAUCAGUGAAGCCAGGAGCUACUCGCAAAUAAUUUAUAGGUUUGGAGAAAUCAAAUCAGUGCUAAAGUUCCAAUUGCCUUGUAGUGCAGUUUUAAAUAUUCCGGAGAUGGCGUCAUCUGGUCGGUCUGCGGCUGCUGGAGACAUGCAGGUGGUUCCUGUGGCGGAGCGGAGUGUAGCUUCUCUUCCUCCUCGACCUCCAACGUCUUCCUCCAGUGCUUUAGUAGAAUACACACCACCAGCGCCUAACCCUGAAGAGGAGGACCUUGAGGUUAAGCUCCGGCGUAUUCUUGAUUGUGUCCCGGUUCGUGUUAGCAAUACUUCUGGUAGCUCUGCGGGUUCUGGUUCUGGCGACUUUCAUCAGUAUCGACAAAUGAGACGAAAAGAACAAGACCGGCUUGCAAGGAUGGAUGCGGAUUACCAGAAAAGGAAGGAAGUGUCUGAAUUCAACAAAAGAAAAGACGAACGGUUGAAGGCUGCUGAAGAGCGCACUGCAAAGAAACGUCUCAAACGACAGAAGAAGAAACAAAGGAAGAAAGAGAAAAAGAGCCAACCAGCUGCAGGUGUAGAAGCAAGAGAAAGAGAAGAAUCCUCAGAUGAUGCAGACUCAGAUAAUGGUGAAGCUGAGGAAUGAAUUAUAUAUAGCCUGAUAGGUACAAGUUAUUUCUCUUAUUGUAGAGGGAGAAGGAUUGGGAGUUCCAAAGAGUUCUUCAUUCAGCGUAGAGAAAGAUGAAGGAUUUUGAUUUGCAAUGGCCUUAGAUCAACCCCAAGGCUGCCUUUGUAGUCUAUGUUUAGUGUGCCAAAACAUUAAAAUUAGACAGUCAUUGAAUUUAUCCCGCCAAUACUUGUAGACUUUUGUUGACAAAAAAACUACACACUCUGAAGCCCCUACGUUUGAGCGUAGAAAGCCAUCCAAAAUUCCUAACUUGCGG